UCUGCAUUUUCUUUAACACUAUUUCUCUUUCUUUCUUUCUUUUUCAAUUUUCUUCUAUGCCCCAUUUUAUUUUUGUAGAGAUGGUGUGGUUAUUCGUGAAAUUAAAAUUAUCAUAAAGUUAAGUUUAAGUAUAAAUUUUGAGGAUUAAAUCGAUAAGUAUGAAUGAAAUACUAAAAUUAGCAGCUGUUUGCGUGUGGCCUGUAAUAAGAAUCUAAAAAUGGCAGUCACGUCACCACCACCACCAUUUCUUCCCCCCCCCCCUCUCUCUCUCUCCAAUUGUUUUGGUAUGUUAUUAGUUUUAGGAGCCAAAUCCGGAACCAGAAAAUUUUGUGAUUUCUUGAAUCCAAUCCAAUCAAACGGAAGAAAACCAAAAGAGAAAAAAAGUUAGGAAAGAAAAGAAAGAAAAAAGAAAAAGAAAGAGCCGGUCAUUGGCACUAGCCUCUUUUUGCUUUCCAAAUCAAAUCUAUCAGGACAGCUCUUCAAUUUUUUUUCUUUUUCGUAAUCUGAAAACUAUCCAUUUCAUAAAAUCAUCACAGCAGCUCAAGGUAAACAAUUGCAGCCUCGAAAAACAAACCAAGAAAGAGAGAGAGAGAACUAAGAGCGAUGUUUUUGUUUUUGCUGUGUUCGAGUUUGACUCCCUCCAAUUUUCCCUUUUCUGGGUUUACUGCAAAAAUGCGUCUUUUGUCCUGAAGACCACACAAUACCAUAAAGAGAAUGGAAGAGGGCAAAUAAGUAGAAGAGAAGAAAUGCUGGAGAGGUAGAAAGAGUUGGUCUUUUUGUAGGUAGAUAGUGGCCGUGAGAGAGAAUGAGCAAAGAGAAUGGGGGUUUUCUGAAGGGCUGGGAAGCAACACUAAGAAAAUCACAAGCUGUUAUAAAGAAAAAAUCCAACUUCAUCUUUGGUACCAUGUUAUCAGCAGCAGUAGCUCAUGCAGAUGAUGAUGAUCAAUCUAGCACCGAGUCUUUGUACAAUGCAGAGAAAGUUUUUCCCAAUGGUGAUUUCUACACUGGCCAAUGGCUUGAAGGUCUCCCUCAUGGCCAAGGCAAAUACCUGUGGGUAGAUGGGUGCAUGUAUGUUGGUGAAUGGUACAAAGGGAGGAAAAUGGGGAAGGGUAAAUUUAGUUGGCCCUGUGGUGCUACCUAUGAAGGUGACUUCAAGUCUGGUUAUAUGGAUGGCAAAGGGACAUAUACAGGUUCUUUAGUUGAUUCUUAUAGGGGUUGUUGGGUUAGGAAUUUGAGACACGGACAUGGCACAAAGUGUUAUGCCACUGGAGAUAGCUAUGAAGGUGACUGGAGAAGAGGAUUGCAAGAUGGGCAUGGAAGGUAUCAAUGGAAGAAUGGAAAUCAUUACAUUGGUCAAUGGAAGAAUGGGGCAAUGAGUGGUAAUGGAACUAUAAUUUGGAGUAAUGGGAAUAGAUAUGAAGGAUUGUGGGAGGAUGGGUUGCCUAAAGGAAAUGGGACCUUUAGAUGGUCAGAUGGGAGUUUUUAUGUGGGAGUUUGGAGUAAAGAUCCUAAUGAGCAAAAUGGGACUUAUUAUCCAUCUGAGUCUAUGUCAGGGACUUCGGAUUGGGAUCCACAAGAAGUGUUUUUGAAGGAGUUGAGUGAUUGCCAAAUUUCUGUUUGUGAGAAGGUCUCAAUUUACCCAUCACAGAAGACCUUGAAUUUGCCUGGGAUGGAUCAAGGGAGUGUUAAACCAAUGAAAGGGAAUAGUGAAGAUGGAAUGUCCAGGCGAAUGUCCGUUGAUGGCAGGUUAAGCAAUUAUAGUCUAGCUUCAAUGGAGAGCAAUGGUGUUUUUAGUGGUGAUGGAGAGUGGAGGGAUGGAGAUGAAGGAUUUGAUGAUUUAGAUUCAAGAAUGCACAAAUUAAAUUUACCGCCGCCGAAGAAGCAAGGGGAGACAAUAUCAAAAGGACAUAAAAACUACGAGCUCAUGCUCAAUCUGCAGUUGGGAAUCAGACACUCAGUGGGGCGGCCUGGCCCAGCUAUAUCUCUUGAACUGAAGCCUUCAGCUUUUGAUCCUAAGGAAAAAGUUUGGACUAAAUUUCCACCAGAAGGGUCCAAGUACACUCCACCUCACCAGUCUAGUGAGUUCAGGUGGAAGGAUUACUGCCCUGUUGUUUUCAGGACUCUUAGGAAAUUGUUCAAUGUGGAUGCAGCUGAUUACAUGCUAUCAAUAUGUGGGAAUGAUGCCCUUAGAGAGCUCUCAUCCCCAGGCAAAAGUGGAAGCUUCUUUUACUUAACAAAUGAUGAUCGUUACAUGAUAAAGACAAUGAAGAAGGCAGAAGUAAAAGUCCUCUUAAGGAUGCUGCCAGCUUACUACAAUCAUGUUCGUGCAUUUGAGAACACUCUAGUAACCAAAUUCUAUGGUCUUCAUUGUGUGAAAUUAGCUGGUCCGAAUCAGAAGAAGGUACGAUUUGUCAUAAUGGGGAAUUUGUUCUGCGAGCACAGCAUCCAUCGGCGUUAUGACUUGAAAGGUUCUUCGCAUGGUCGCACAACUGCUAAACCUGAAUCAGAAAUCGAUCCAACAACAACACUCAAGGAUCUUGAUCUCAAUUACAUAUUUCGAUUGCACAAAGUUUGGUUCCAAGAUUUUUGCAGGCAAGUGGACAAAGAUUGUGACUUCCUUGAACAAGAGAGAAUUAUGGAUUACAGUCUCUUGAUUGGUGUCCAUUUUCGCGAAGCUUCUUCAUAUAAGGAUGCUCUGACACCACCUCGUACAUCUGGAGUUACUCCUUCUGCCCUUCGUACUCCAACUGGACUUAGAACUCCUGGAAAUGUAGACACUGAUAGUGAUUUUGCUGCAGUCCCUCGCCUUUCUAAAGUGGACAUGGAUAAGCUUAUCUUUGACCCUACUAGGUGGCCGUCCAUAAAACUGGGCAUCAACAUGCCAGCAAGGGCAGAAAAGACAAUCAGAAGAAGUGAUUGUGAAGCAAGUCUGAUAGGCGAAGCAACUGGAGAAUUGUAUGAAGUCAUUCUAUUUUUUGGUAUAAUAGACAUAUUACAAGACUAUGAUAUUAGCAAAAAGCUUGAACAUGCAUACAAAUCAAUGCAAUACGACCCAACAUCCAUCUCUGCUGUUGAUCCAAAGCAGUAUUCGAAACGUUUUCGAGAUUUCAUUCUGAGAAUUUUCGUAGAAGACACUUGAUGAUAUAGAUUGAACUUAUUCAAAUUUUGCAACCAGUGGCCAUCUGUGUAUAGCCAAUCUUUUCUGGGGAUGAUAGUUUGUUCAGACAGUUAUCCUUGUAGUAAGCUACUGGGAUGAUUUGCAGAAGCCAGGAACAAGUUUUUCUAGUUCAGCUUAGCAGUUUCCCCUCACCAUCAUCUCUGUUAAUUUACAAAUACAGAUUUGGUAUAUCCUAGGAAAGAGAUACAGCUUAGUGUUGUAACCACAGUUACUUGAGCUUGUUUCAGUUGUAAAUUAGUUUAAACCAGUUGGAGGAUCUAUAUUGAAAUUGAUUCUUUUUGCGACAAAAAUAUUGUUUUUCUCCUGGGUUGGGCAUCAAAUAGUAUGUACAGAAGGAAUUGUAGUAGACUAACUUGUGUCCUUUCAAACCUGGAAGAAAUUCUUUGUUGAUGAAGAUGCAUGAUUAUUCAUUUUACUUUGCAUUCAUACCUUC